UUUUAAUAUAGAAUCUCAUCUUCGUCCCAUUUCCCAAUUCAAAUUCUAGUAUACUAUUAAUAUUAUCACACCAUUAGUUCGCCCCAACUACUAUGUCCUAAACGUACGUACAACUACAAGGGGUCCAAAAUCCAAAACUUAAAAUUACUUCAUCGCUUUGGGUUUGGUUCUGUUUCUGGUUUUGUUCUUACAUUUGAUUUGGUAGGAAAAUGCCUGAGAAAAUUACAGCUGAGGCUCUUCUGAACAACAUUGUGGAAUCAAUUGCUGAUGGGCUGUCGAAGCAGAAGUCGGGGUCCUUCUUUGAAGAGGAGAAAUCAACCUCGGUUAAUGCUCAGCUCAAUAGGCUAUUUGGCCGGCAAAAGCCAGUACACCAUAUUUUAGGUGGAGGCAAAUCUGCUGAUGUGCUGUUGUGGAGGAACAAGAAAAUUUCAGCUGGUGUUUUAGCAAGUGCCACAGCCAUCUGGGUGCUAUUUGAGUGGCUGAACUACAAUUUUCUUUCACUGUUAUGCUUUGCUCUUGUCAUUGGUUUGAUUGCUCAGUUUCUUUGGAAAAAUGCCUCCGGCAUAAUGAACAGGUCUCCAGCUAAAGUCCCUCGUCUUGUCUUACCUGAUGACCUUUUCAUCAGCAUUGCCAAGUCUAUAGGUGCUGAAGUAAACCGUAGUUUGCGCUUCCUUCAAGAUGUUGCCUGUGGGAGUAACAUCAAACAAUUCUUAGUGGUUGUGGUGAGCUUAUGGAUUGCUGCUAUUAUUGGAAGCUGGUGCAAUUUUUUGACUGUUCUGUACAUCGGCUUUGUUGCUGCGCACACGCUCCCAGUGCUGUAUGAAAGAUAUGAUGAUAAAGUCGAUGGCUUUGUAUAUAAUGCCCUCGAACGACUUCAAGGCCAUUACAAAAAGCUGGAUCGUGGUAUCCUCAGCAGAAUCCCGACGGGCAAAUUCAAGCUAAAGAAGUUUGAAUAGAUUCAUUAGCAGAAAAUGAACUUCUAUGCAGAACGUAUGAAAUACUUUUCCUGCUUAGGCAGCAAAAUGCUGCUUUUAAGCUUUAGAAUUAGUUAAGGUAAUGUCUCAAUUAGUUCACAGACAAUGUAUUGAACGUUAGAUGGCAUUGGAGAAACUUUAUUUGCCUAAUUAUCUUAGUUGGAUAUGGCAUUUGAAAAUAACUUGCUUUUUAUUCUCCU